CUGCUACCCACCCCCACAGGCUGGGGGGCUGCUGGAGGGCUUGUGUCGGGAGCUCCUGGCCUAGGUACCUCAGGACAGUCUGUCCAUCCCCAUUUGGUUUCAGAAUCUGGAAGGAAGGUCUCAAGGCCACACCCCUCCAGAGCUGCCAGGCUCAUGCUCUUACCUCUGCAGCCCAGCUCAGCUCUGCCUGGCCCUUCCUUUCUCAUACUUCAUGUCUAGGUUUGUCAGUCCUCCAGGGCGUGCCGGGACCCCUAGAUGGCCCAGAGACUACUCAGGCUCCCCCCAUAGCAUGUCAUAUCCAGUGCUUUGUAGAGUCCUUGCUGCCUUGUGCUGCAUGAGGCACCUGCCAAUCAGACUGGUGUGGGAAACAUUCAACAACGCUUUGUUAUAGUUUAUGGUCCCAGGAUAUGAAAGUGCAGCUUUCUUCAAGGGCAAAGAUCUUCAUUGUUGAUUUUGAAGUUUCAUCAAUUCACAUGCCUUGAGGAAACAUUCCUGUUUUCACAGACCUAGGCUGCCCCCUCUUUGUAGGAAAGAGAGGCUCUGAAUGCCUCAUUGGGAAGGGCUCUGCAGUGUACUGUGGGGACCCAGAUCCAAUCCAGGAGCGUUGGGAGCUCAGUGUUAGAGGUUAAGCAUCAUGACAUCAUAACAUGGAAAUCUGAGCAUGUGUAGUGUUUAGGACAUUGUUUCAAUGAUGCCAUUGGAGGGAGGCUCUUGUAGCCCUUUUGGGGUGAGUGGUUUGGCCUGGGGGCAGCCUGGGCAGGCUCAUCUUGUCCUGCAGCCUGGAGGAGCACUGCAGUCUCAUUGUAUUAUUAAACGUUGCGAUCAGCGUUUGGAAGCAUUGUUACACUAAACUUGGAGGACUUGAAAAAGAAGUGGAGCUGUUUAAGUGUAUAAGGGCUGAAGAAGAUGCAGAGCAGUCUGAAACUGGUGGACUGUGUCAUCGAGGUCCAUGACGCCCGCAUCCCACUUUCAGGCCGCAACCCUCUGUUUCAGGAGACCCUUGGACUAAAGCCUCACUUGCUGGUCCUCAAUAAGAUGGACUUGGCAGACCUCACAGAGCAGCGGAAAAUUCAGCAGCACUUAGAAGGAGAAGGCCUAAAACAUGUCAUUUUUACAAACUGCAUAAAGGAUGAGAACAUCAAGCAGAUAAUCCCAAAGGUCAUAGAACUGGUUGGGAGCAGCUACCGCUACCACCGAUCAGAGAACCUGGACUACUGCAUCCUGGUGGUUGGUGUUCCCAACGUGGGCAAGUCCUCCCUCAUCAACUCCCUGAGGAGACAGCACCUCAGGACAGGAAAAGCUGCCAGGGUGGGUGGUGAGCCUGGGAUCACCAGAGCUGUGAUGUCCAGAGUCCAGGUGUGUGAACGGCCUCUGAUAUUCCUGAUGGACACCCCUGGGGUGCUAGCUCCUCAGAUUGGAAGUGUGGAGACGGGCCUGAAGCUGGCCCUGUGUGGAACCGUGCUGGACCACCUGGUCGGGGAGGAGACCAUGGCCGACUACCUCCUCUACACUCUUAACCGACACCAGCUGUUUGGGUACGUGCAGCACUAUGGCCUGGACGGCGCCUCUGACGACAUUGAGCAUGUGCUGAAGAGAGUGGCCUUGCGGCUGCGGAAGACCCGGAAGGUGAAAGUGCUUACAGGCACCGGGGAUGUGAAUGUCGUCCAGCCCAACUACUCUGCGGCAGCCCACGACUUCCUCCGGACCUUCCGCAGUGGGCUGUUUGGCCCAGUGAUGCUGGACCGUGAUGUUCUGCAGGACUGCCCCCCUGCCGACACAGACUCGGCGCCUACUGCGUGGCAGAUGGCUUCCCGGACCUCAUGUGGACAGAGCGUUUGAGGCUUACAACUUCCCACUUUUUUCCAGAAGCAACCACGCUGGUCCCUUUGAUUCAGGGCCCCACUUUCCCACUCACUGUGGCCUGGCCAGCCCGAUGGAGCAGGCCUGCGUGACUGGCCUGGUGAGGCGGUUCCUGUUUAGUGUCUCUAGGGAGAGGCUAAUGCUGUCUCGAGGAGCUAAAACUGUAAUCUGUAAUGUUUGGAGUUCUGGAUGAAAAGAUCUCUCUCUUCUGGCUCUUUCAUUGCACACCCAUGCUACCUUGGGCCCACAUAUUGAAGUCCCUCUCACCAGUGAAAGCUGGAACAGGCAAGUCAGGAAUGGGGCUCUCGAUGUCCUAUGGCCCUGCAGUGACCAAGAGUCUUAUUCCCAGUGCAGGGGUUUAUUUUGGUUAACUUUGUUAUUAAAUGAAUACAUAAACAUGGA